AUGUCGCUCGGCCACAACGCCUGGCCUCCAGGCAAUAUCCGCCCCCCGGAUGAUCGCCAGGACUCUCCGCGCUCUGUCAAUGGCUUGGUAAAGACAUUAUCUGGCUCGCGAACUCCCCAAAUACGCGGCUCUGUCAGCGCCGACGGGCCGAUCCCUGGUAGUAUGACAUCGGAACCCGAUAUCGCGAUCGAGGAGGAUCCGCGCAUUGCCCAAUUUCGCGACUUGUAUCGGAUAAGUGAGGCGAAAAUAAACGCGCUUUUUUCUGGAUAUCAUACUUUCGACGAUUCUGCCGAUGUCGCGGUCGCCGACGAACCGUCCGAAGCUGAACGCGUCGAUGCGCCGGCACCCCCUGCGGCUGCGCCGAAGAAAGCCACCCGCAAACUCGACGACGAUUAUGAUGACUAUGAUGAGGACGAUGAUGCAGAUAUGGCCGACUCGGGCGAAUCGCCUUUGAAAGCCAAGUCUGUCCCGCCGUCGCAAGACCCCGGUGCCAAAGGCGACGGAGGAAGCUGCGAAACGAAGCUUCCAUACCCUUUUUACACCUUGGAAAAUGAUCGCGAUGCCAUGAUGGAUCAACAGCGAUUGGAGGAAUCUGAACGUCAAGUCGAGGCUGAAAUUUCUGGUCAAGCUACUUCCGGUGGGACCAACACCGCUGGUGGUUCGGUUGGUUACAGCUCGCUGAGUAACACGAACCUCGGUGCCUCAAGCUUGACGUUAAAAAACCUCAUCGCUCGAAUCGACAAGAAGCGCGAUAUGGUGCAGGCGUCGGAUGCGGAGCUUCGAAGCUUGUUGAGUGAGGUUCGCAAGAAUCGAAGCAAGUGGGCGAGUGAAGAGAAGAUCGGCCAGGAAGAGCUCUAUGAGGCCGCGGAAAAGGUUCUGAGUGAACUCAAGGCUAUGACAGAACACUCUACUGCUUUCUUGACUCGAGUCAACAAGCGCGACGCGCCAGAUUAUUACUCAAUCAUCAAACACCCCAUGGACCUUGGAAGCAUGACGAAGAAGCUCAAAGGCUUGCAAUAUCGAUCCAAGCAGGAUUUUGUCGACGACCUCAACCUCAUCUGGGCCAAUUGCUUGAAGUAUAACACCAGCCUUGAACAUUUCUUGCGCAAACAUGCCCUCUACAUGCGGAAGGAGACCGAGAAGCUCGUGCCUUUGAUUCCCGAUAUUGUCAUCCGCGAUCGCGCGGAGGUUGAAGCUGAAGAGCGUCGCAUGCAGAUGGCAGAACUCGACGGCGCUGAUGAGAGUGAUGAUGAGCCUAUUAUGUCUUCGCGAGGAAGAAAAGCCCCCGGAAAGUCCUCUAAGAAGGGCACCGCGCCGUCUCGCAGCACCCCCAGUGGCUCUGAAGGCCCCCCUGGCGCAUCCUCCUCUCAACCUCCUGCUAUCGCUCGUGCAGAUUCAGACACCGCCAUGGAAACAAGCCAGAACGGCUUCUCUACUCCGCCUCCGGGUUCUUACACGCCAUCAGAUCCUGCGGGUGGUGGGAUGGGUGCCGCGGCCAGUCAGCAGGAAGAUGCGAUGGAUAUUGAUACUAUGCCAACUACGUCAACUACCGCGCUGAGUGCUCUAGCCGGUCCCGGUGUAGAACUCGAUGACCCCGAGUACAAGGUCUGGAAGCAAGUGACUAAGAAAGACCGUGCCCUUAUUGCCUCUGAGCGACACCGUCUUCUCAAGGGUGACAAGCUCAAUAUCGAUGAGCCUGCUUUGCUGCGAACCAAGGCCGGCAUGCGCAGAUGGCUCCGACAUGAAAAACAAGCAGCUCUUGAGGGAGGCAAGGUCCAUGACGCUGCAUCUCAGGCGGGGGAGCCUGGGGCUGCUGGUGAGACCCUCGCCGAAGGCAUUGAGGACGAAGACGACAAGAUGGUUCCUUACUACUACGAUGUUAUGUCCGGUGUCCCAGAUCUCCCCGAACGGCUCGCCUGGAAAGAAGAUGCGCAAGGCAACAUGGUAGAUGCUUCAGAGGAGUAUCUCAGAAUGCUACCGAAGGGCUUGUUUACGCAGCCUGACAGCAAGUUGACUCGCAAGUUGACCUCGAAUAUGCGACAGAUGCAAGAGACCCGCAAGAUCUGCUCAAAGAUUGGUAUCGUGAAGCAGAUGCAACUGCAAUCUCAGAUGUACCAAAAUCAAUUCCAGAAGUAUAAUCCUGAGCCGUUUGCCGAGCAAGAUGUCCCACCCCACGUCAUGAAUGACAAUGGCCCUGUCAUCGCACCUGGAACUUGUCGAGCAGCGCUGCAGCGAUCUGUCGCUAAGAUCUUUUAUCAUGCUGGCUUCGAAGAAUAUCAGCCAUCUUCUAUCGAAGUGGCUACUGAUAUUGCUUCAGACUUCUUCCAGAAGAUCGGCGAAACAGUGAAGUCUUACAUGGAAGCUCCCAGGGUCCCAAUCGUGGAAAAUGCGACAGCCUCUUCUGAGUGGAAACCUGCAUUUACGGAACCCGAAGUUGUCCUCCACACGCUUUCUGCCGUUGGCAUCGACAUCGAAGAGCUAGAAUCUUAUAUAAAAGAAGAUGUUGAACGACUCGGAUCCAAGCUUACAACUGCCCACGAUCGCCUCAAGACCCUUCUCACCGAACUCCUUCGACCUGCACUUGCGGAUACCGGCGAGGACGGCUCCAAUGCCUUCAAAGAUGGAAGUGAGCAGUUCGUUGGUGGAGACUUUGCAGAAGACAUCGACGAAGAUUUCUUUGGGUUCAAGGAACUCGGGCUGGACCGCGAGUUCGGUCUCUCCAACCUCAGUGUGCCGCUUCACCUGCUCCAGAACCGCAUGUUUAACGCGGCCCAGUCACAGAAUACCAACACCACUCAAGUGGUCACCAUAUUCCCCACGCCCCCGCCGUAUGCCCGCAUCUCGGUGGACAACGUGUCUGAUCAGAUCGGAAUCGUUCAGGCAUUCCUCAAGGGCAAGCUCGAUGCCAACAGCGACGAGCCUCUUGUGGAAGACCUGGAGCUUCCUCCCAAGCAAAGACCCAUGGCCACCAAACCCCGUCUUCCAGCUUCAGGCAAAAUUCCCGCUCUGGCCGGCAUCUCUGGACCUCAUGCAAGCCCCCAGAAACGGGCUGCGCCACCAAACGCAUCUGGAGUCGCUAAGGCGGGAGGUUCUGAGCCAAGUAAGAAGAAGUCGAAGAAGAACAGCGGCGUUGCGCUGGAGAUGUCCAACUUCAAUGGUGAUGGAGACGCCAACUCCGGUGCUAUGGAUGGUUCCGGGGACUUCACGUCAGAUAUGAAGCCCAUCGAUGGAUCUAAUACAGCCGAUGGUAAUGGUGAAGCAUCCCAAGCAGACGUGUCCAUGACCAAUGGUACCGCAUGA